AAGAAGCUUCAAAAGCCCUUUCUGAUAUGUUUAAUCAACAAACUACGCACUUAGUGAUAAAUUAUUCGAAAAUACCGAACUUUUCUGUAAAUUCGGAUAAUAAAGAUGAUUCGAAUGACGAUACAUGUCCAAAAGAUGACAGAACUAGCGGUUUAAGUAAAACCGAUGAAAUUGUUAAUAAUGCUCCUAAAAUAAGUACGAUACAACCAUAUAUUAAUUUAAAUAAUGGAGUAAUACAAAUUCCAACAAAACUCAUAGAUGAAUCAUGGAGCUUCUUUAUGACAUAUUUUCUUAACACGGGGCUUUUAUGGAUAUUUCAAGCUCGUGAUGUGGCAGGAUAUGAGCGAU